AUGAUGAUGAUGAUGAUAAUGAAGAUGAUGAUGAUGAUGAUAAUGAUAAUGAUGAGCAGAUGGACGUUACUUAGCAAAUUGGAUAUGGUCGACAACGGGAGAUGUCCGAGAAUGAAUCGAGUUGUUGAAUCUUGGGAAGCGUCGAAUAAAUUAUGGAAAAGGAAAAAGAAAUUAAUGAGUUUCGUAAAUGUGCUCACAGGAUACUUUGCUAUGCAAAUAAUAUUUAGAGAAAAAGGAGAAAGAGGUGAAGGGAGGGGACAGGGGAUAGGAGGGUGGGGAAAUUUGCUUGAUGAAGUGAAGAAAGGUGGAGGAAGAGGAGGGGAAAAAGGAGAAGAAAAGGAUGAUAAGAAGGUAAGUAAGGAAAAGAAGGAAGAGAUUGAGUGA